AAUAAAUAAUUAGUCAUCAAUUGUCACCUACAAGCUCUCUCCUUACCUAUAUAUAUAACGUCAUUGCCACAUCCAUCUCCAUCCCAACCCGAACAGCCGCCACUAAUCUGUGCGCCUUCAUUUAAUUCCUUACAUCCAUCGCUGCUCUCAAGUGCUAUAGCUCUCCUGCAAAUUAAGGGAUCGGAAGAGAUAAAUCAAUAGACGAUGGAUCCGAAAGUUUCUGUUGCUCUCACUCUGUCCCUCGUCGGUGGCUUAAGCACCUCACUAGGUGCACUAUUGGCUAUACUAAAUCGUGCUCCAAGCAACAAAACACUCGGGAUGUUACAGGGCUUUGCUACUGGACUCAUGUUGAGCAUGUCUUUCUUUGACUUGGCUUAUGAUGCUGUCAAUGCGAUUGGUUUUCUGAAAGGAAACCUAUGGUUUUUUGCAGGAGCACUUCUAUUUUCAACGAUUGCUGAUGUUUUCCCUGAGCCAGAUUGUAGUUUGGAAGACAAAAAUGACAAACAGACUGGUAAUAGCAUAGCAGGAAAGCAACUUAUGAUGAGACAUCGCCGAAGAGUUAUCUUUAGUGUAGUUGUCACAGCAAUUGUUGCCGGUGUGAGUUUGCAAAACUUCCCUGUGGGUACUGCUGCAUUUCUUGGAACAACAAAGGGCUUCCGUGUUGGCCUUAACUUGGCUCUUGCUAUAGCUCUACACUACAUCCCAGAGGGUAUUUCAGUAGCUCUCCCAGCAUAUUUUGCCACUUGCAGCAAAUGGCAAGCCUUCAAACUAGCAACACUAUCUGGUUUCGCAGAGCCACUAGGUGUAAUUUUUGUGGCAUACGUAUUCCCAAGCAACUUGAAUCCUGAAAUAUUGGAAGGUCUACUUGGAUUAGUGGGAGGAGUGAUGGCCUUUCUAACAUUGUAUGAAAUGCUACCAUUAGCAUUUGAAUAUGCUGGACGCAAGGAUGCUGUUAAAGCAGUAUUUGUUGGCAUGGCUUUUAUGUCAAUGAGCUUGUAUUUCCUAGAUAUUAGCCUCCCAAAGGAGAUGAAUGCUUAACAUUUUGGCCUAAAACCGAUGCAUACUAUGGUCAAGAGCAUUUCAUCAUGGGUGGUUCAACAAGUUUCUACAUGUGUUGGUCAGAAGGAUGUGCACACUCCACAACAUGAUCAGAUGGUUUUCAGCAAUAUAUAGGCAAUACAACGACUCGUAAAUCAGGGCCUUCAUCAAUAUCCUCCCAGAUGUGUGGCGACAAUGGUUGCAUGACAGUUAUAUCUCUCAAGAAAAGAAGUAUAAGCAGGCAACAAGUCAGAAUCAAUUGGCAAGGGGUCGACGAUUACGGGCGGAAACUUUUUCUCUUUCAAAACAGGUUACUAACAUAUCAUGUAAAUAAUGGAUAAAAUUGUAUUUAUUGGAAAAAGUAGACAAACUGACCAGCUCAUAUGAUGUAAAUUACAAAAAUAAAUAUCAGGGGAUGAAUCA